AUUGUCAAACUUGGUGUAUCGUCAAUUCGACGACUCAUAACGGAGUCUGAAUACUUUUCUUCUCAUUUUGUUUCCGCUUCUUCUCUUCUCCUCUCACCGUCGACGACGUCGUUUCGUUUUCGCUCCUCCACAGAUCUACGGCGAAACCACCGUUUCCGAUUGAUCUUCUUCCGGCGAACCUCUUCGUCGGUGAAAUUGGAAGUUGAUACACUGGAUCGGAGAUGCCGGUGGCUGCUUCCGCUGUUUACUUCUUGAACCUCCGUGGUGACGUUCUCAUCAAUCGUCUCUAUCGUGACGAUGUCGGGGGAAAUAUGGUUGAUGCUUUUCGGACGCAUAUAAUGCAAACGAAAGAACUUGGUACCUGUCCUGUGAAGCAGAUUGGUGGAUGCUCUUUCUUUUACAUGAGGAUCAGCAAUGUCUAUAUUGUGAUUGUUGUCAGUACCAAUGCUAAUGUAGCUUGUGCUUUCAAGUUUGUUGUAGAGGCUGUUGCACUAUUCAAAUCAUAUUUUGGUGGCGCUUUUGACGAGGAUGCAAUUCGCAACAAUUUUGUACUCAUUUAUGAGCUUCUAGAUGAAAUCAUGGACUUUGGUUAUCCACAAAAUCUUUCACCGGAGAUCUUAAAGCUUUAUAUCACUCAAGAAGGAGUCCGUUCCCCUUUUUCAUCCAAGGCAUCAGAGAGGCCUGUUCCAAAUGCGACGUUACAAGUUACGGGUGCUGUUGGUUGGCGGAGAGAAGGCCUUGUAUACAAAAAGAAUGAGGUGUUCCUAGAUAUUGUGGAGAGUGUGAAUCUUCUUAUGUCGUCAAAAGGCGUUGUUCUGCGCUGUGAUGUAACGGGGAAGAUUCUUAUGAAGUGCUUUCUAUCUGGAAUGCCUGAUUUGAAGUUGGGUUUGAAUGACAAGAUUGGCCUUGAGAAAGAGUCACAACUUAAAUCACGCCCUACUAAAAGUGGCAAAACUAUUGAGCUUGAUGACGUCACUUUCCAUCAAUGUGUAAAUUUGACGAGGUUCAACUCGGAGAAGACUGUUAGUUUUGUGCCUCCAGAUGGUGAAUUUGAACUGAUGAAGUAUCGUAUCACUGAGGGUGUUAAUCUUCCCUUCAAAGUAUUGCCAACCAUCAAGGAACUUGGUCGAACACGGAUGGAAGUAAAUGUUAAGGUAAAGAGUGUCUUUGGUGCAAAGAUGUUUGCACUAGGGGUUGUUGUCAAAAUUCCUGUGCCAAAACAAACAGCAAAAACGAGUUUCACAGUCACAUCCGGUCGAGCAAAAUAUAAUGCAGCUAUUGAUUGUUUAGUUUGGAAGAUAAGAAAAUUUCCUGGGCAAACUGAGCCAACUUUGAGCGCAGAAAUUGAACUUAUUUCUACGAUGACUGAAAAGAAAUCAUGGACUAGACCACCUAUUCAGAUGGAGUUUCAGGUUCCCAUGUUCACAGCAUCUGGUUUACGUGUCCGUUUUCUUAAGGUGUGGGAAAAGAGUGGGUACAACACUGUUGAAUGGGUUCGCUAUAUCACAAAAGCAGGAUCAUACGAGAUUAGGUGCUAGACACAUUGGGAUUGCUUGGUUUCAAACUUCAGGGAUUAAUUGGUGGAGAUUGAUGUAAUCUCAAAUAAUUAAAGGUGCAGUUCAAUCUAGGUAUCCCGUUAUUGCAGGGUUUUUUUUAAGGUUGAGGUGUUUUUCAUUCAUUAUAUUUUGCGUGUGAAAAAUCAGUUUAAUAUUUUUGGUUUCGAAAGCCAUCUUGUUAAUGGAAACAUAAAUUGAUUCUCUCUAUAUCCCCUGUACACAAUGUAUUGUAUUUUAAUGAUAAUGUUUAUUGAGUGAUGCAUUCUGUAAUUUUUGUCACA